UUAUUCGGGAUAUUUGCUAUGCAUAUUCCAUUGAUAUUAACUCUUCAUUUGGAUAGCUUCUGCGUUAAUAUUGACCUAUUUAAAACAAUGGGCUUCUAAUUGUGUUUUGAAGUGAUUGGUCUUUAAAAACAAUGGGCCUCUGAUUGUGUUUUAAAAUGAUUGGUCUUAUGUUUUCGUCUUUGCCCUUGGAUUGAGUAGCAUCCAAUUAGUUGCUGAAAAGUUUAGGGUCAGAUCCGGGAGAAUAUUAGUAUGUUAAAGUUAAACAUGGGAUGGGAGCAGCGUAACCAAUUUCCUGAGUUGAUGUUGACCUUUGUUUGCAGUGCAAGUUUGCAAGUUGGAAUUUUAAAAGGAAGGAAACUUUAUUUUCACUUUUGAAGAUAGGAAAAUGCCUAAAGUAAAGACUAACCGCGUUAAAUAUCCAGAGGGAUGGGAAUUAAUUGAACCUACCCUUCGUGAACUCCAAGCAAAAAUGAGGGAAGCGGAGAAUGAUCCACAUGAUAAUAAGAGAAAAUGUGAGACAUUAUGGCCUAUAUUUAAGAUUGCACAUCAGAAGAGCCGCUACAUAUUUGACCUUUACCACCGGAGGAAGGAAAUUUCAAAGGAAUUGUAUGAAUUUUGUUUAGAACAAGGAUAUGCUGACCGCAACCUGAUUGCAAAAUGGAAGAAGCCUGGCUAUGAACGUUUAUGUUGCUUGAGGUGCAUGCAGCCACGGGAUCACAACUUUGCCACCACCUGUGUUUGCCGAGUUCCCAAGCAACUGAGAGAGGAGAAGGUCAUAGAGUGUGUUCAUUGUGGUUGCAGGGGCUGUGCCAGUGGGGACUGAUUGGCAAUUGCAAGGAGAGAUCUCAUGAUUUAUUUGUAAAUUAGCCUUGUUUCGAGGUUGUAUUGCCAACUCUGUAAGGAUAAUAUUUGAUAAUUAACGGCAUAGUUUAACUUAAAUAUCGGACCGGACUCUGUUCUUUAA